AUGGCACAGAACCCCUACGAUUACUGCUAUGGAUUUAACGGUUUCGAUGCGUCCGGCGGCUAUUCGGAGCAAGGCGCGUCAGGAAACUACGGCGGUUAUGAUCCUAAUGCUGGCUACGGUGGCUACGGCGGAGGCAGUGUCCCUCCAGCCGGAAGUACCGGCGCAGGCUUGCCACAAGACGACGCGAAUCGUCUCCAGUUGAAGAGCGAUGAAAAACACGGUCAAAUACUCAAAAAGCACAUGGGCUCCUCGGAUCGAAAAAUGUUCGUCGGGGGACUGGCGCACGAGACGACGACGGCCAACUUAUGGGAAUAUUUCGAGCAGUUCGGGGAACUUGAAGAUGUUGACAUCAAAACGGAUGUCUACACUGGUUGCUCUCGGGGCUUUGGUUUCAUCCUAUUCAAGAUCUUUGUUGGCGGCUUGAAGCCCGAAACCGACGACGAAACAAUCAAAACUUUUUUCACGGACUUAUACGGUGAAAUCGUUUCCUUUGAGCGUGGAAUCGACAAACACUCCGAAAUGCCCAGGCCAUUCGCCUUCAUGACGCUGAAAGAUGAAGAUCUAGCGGCCAAAUGCGUCAAAGAAAAGUGGCACACGAUCGACGAUAAACAAGUAGAGUGCAAAUCGGCGGUAGACAACUACCAGUACAAGCAGCAGCGAAACUUUCAUUACCAAAACAACUAUAGAUACGACUCUUAUGGUGGGCCCAGCUUUGGCUCCUCGUACGGUCAUUUCGCUGGUGGCGGUCCCGCUCGACAGAACAAGGGGAUGAACAGGUCUAAUCCUUACUAG